GAAGAGGAGACGGAAUGGUAAUGAAGAUGAUGGUCACGUUCCCCAGACAAAACGCAGUACCAGGAAUACUGUCCUUCAGGACUCUUGGGACACUGAGAAGGUGGCUGUAAAGAAAAACAGUAAGGAGCACAGACUAAAAGGAAAGAAAGUGUCCUGUGCGUCCUCCAGCAGCGAUAGCGGCAGCAGCAGCAGCUGUAGUAGUAGCAGUAGCAGCAUCAACAGCCCCGACAGAGCGUGCGGUGCCGAAAUCGGCCAAAACCCAAUCGUCCCAGGAUCCAGUCCUGGCUCGUCGCCGUCCUUCCACGAGCAGUCCGCGCUAAGCCAAGGGCCGUACGUCCACAUCAACCAGAUCCUGAAGGAGGCACACUUCCACAGCCUACAGAGCCGGGGACGCCUUCCCACAUGAUGGACCAGCAGUUCCCUGCCUUCUGUGAAGGGACAGCACUGUAGAUUUGAUAUUUCAACUUAAAAGUUUGUUAUAAAGGAAUUGCACAAAACGCCUGUUGCCUUUUCAGUCUAUAUUUGAAAUACCAGGUUAACAGGAAAUUGUUUACUUGUGGUUUGCUGCACUAUUGCAAUGCAAAAGGGGCUUUGAAGCAAUUUUUAUAGGAUUCUCUUUGGGGUGACUGUCGAGUACAUGUCAAGAGGAGACUGAGGAACCCACAUCUGUGUUAUAGGAUUGCAAAAAAAUGUCCAAUUCCAAUCGACUGCCUAAUCUAUCUGUUAGCAAUUUGUUGCUUUAUGUAACGUUCUCUCAAACGUUCCAACUUCAGUUUUAUAAGUCUUUUUUAAUUUCAAUAAACUAGUAAAAAAUU